GCUGCGCAUGCGCAGUGCGGCGGCGGGGGCCAUGGCGCUGCGGGCCGCGGUGCUGGCGCUGCUGCUGUCGGGGGUCGCGCACGGACUGUACUUCCACAUCGGGGAGACCGAGAAGAGGUGUUUCAUUGAGGAGAUCCCGGACGAGACCAUGGUCAUCGGGAAUUACCGGACGCAGCUCUGGGAUAAGCAGUCCGAGUCGUUCCUGCCGUCCACGCCGGGGCUCGGCAUGCACGUGGAGGUCAAGGACCCCGACGGCAAAGUGGUGCUGUCCCGGCAGUACGGCUCCGAGGGUCGCUUCACCUUCACCUCGCACACACCAGGGGAGCACCAGAUCUGCCUGCACUCCAACUCCACCCGCAUGGCGCUGUUCGCUGGUGGCAAGCUCCGGGUGCACCUGGACAUCCAGGUUGGGGAACACACCAACAACUACCCCGAGAUCGCGGCCAAGGACAAGCUGACGGAGCUGCAGCUCCGCGCGCGGCAGCUGCUGGACCAGGUGGAGCAGAUCCAGAAGGAGCAGAACUACCAGCGGUACCGGGAGGAGCGGUUCCGCAUGACCAGCGAGAGCACCAACCAGCGGGUGCUCUGGUGGUCCAUCGCCCAGACCAUCAUCCUCAUCCUCACUGGCAUCUGGCAGAUGCGGCAUCUCAAGAGCUUCUUCGAGGCCAAGAAGCUGGUGUAGAGCCCCCAGCACCCCCCGGAGGGGCUCCCAUGGAGGGGGGAGGGGUUUGGGGGGUCCUCGCUGCUGUUUUGAGAGGAAAUAAAGCGUUUUUGGGGUC